AUGAACAAGAUUGUAGGAGUAGCUUUUAUAUUGGCUCUUGGUUGCCUCCAGUUAGAAGCAUUGUCAAAGCACCAAUUGUCAGAGUCCGAGCUUCGAGGUUUUAUCGACAAAGUCAAAGAACUCUGGGAAAAACUCAAAACUGUUGUUAAAGAAGCAAUUGAUAAAGCCGAAGCUAAAAUCGAGGAAGCUUGGGAAAAAUUAAAGAGCAAAGCUGAAGAGUGGAUCCACAAAGGCAAAGAACAAAUUAAUAAAAUCAUCGACAGUCUUUUGGGGGAACUGGAAGAACUUAAAGAAAAGGCCAAGGAAGCAGGAGUUGAUAUUAAAGAUUGCACCAAAGACAACGAACCAGCACUCAAACAACUCGGCAUCAAUUUGCUAUACGAUCUCACCACAUGCAUCACUGAUCAAGUGGAUGCUGGAGAAACAAUCGUAACAAACAUAAUAAACGAAUUUAAAGAAACGUAUAACAAUGUGGUCGAUUACGGAAGGCAGAUUGAGGAAUGUUCAAAUUUGGCUUUGCAAAGAACGCUUGAUAACGAGUUCACCUGCAUUACCAAACUCAUCGCCAAAAUCACCCUUGAGAUCGCAGAAUUACCUCUCAGCAUCGCCAAUGAUGUUUUGAAAGCCAUAGAACUGGUUGAAGGUCUCAGCACGUCUUUGGAGACUUGCGCCACUGUACAAGUCGCACGUGCCAGUGCAGAGGGUGCCGGAAUUUUGGCAGAAAUCACUAAAUGUGUAAAUGAUAAGAUCAAUGUAUAAUUCAGAUAUUUAAAAUUUAUGUGCAUAAAUUAAAUUUCGUUCGAUAUUA